AUGAAGUUAAGAACCUAUAUGUUGCCAGUGGCCGUGUAUAUCAUUUCUCAAACAGAUUUGAUUAAGUAUAUGCUUUCAAGGCCUUUGAUCACUGGAUGUAUUGGAAAGUGGUCAUUGUCCUUAAUAGAGUUUUCCUUCAAGUAUAUUCCACAAAAGGCAGUCAAAGGAAGGGCGGUGGCCGAAUUUCUAGCAGACCAUCUUUCCACCAAGAUUGAUUCAGAAAUAUGUGACGAGGUGGAUAAUCUCUACCUUGAUUAUAUACCUUGGACUCUCAUAUUUGAUGGAUCAAGCACUCAUGAUGGAGGAGGAGCUGGAAUAGUCAUCAUUUCACUAAAGGGGAGAAAAAGCACAUUUUCUUUCUUCUUGGAUUUCAAGUGUACAAAUAACCAAGCUGAAUAUGAGGCGCUAAUUAUUGGGCUGGAAAUCCUAUUGGAGCUAAAAGUGGAGAAGUUUGAUGACUUCCAACUCAAAUAUUGGCCAAGACAUUUGAAUACGGAGGCUGAUGAUUUAGCACAGCUAGCUUCCAGAGUAAAGGUCCCAUCGGGUGUAGAAGAAACUUUGAUCACAAUCAAAAGAAGGACUCUUCCUUCUAUAGAGUCAUGGUAUAAGAUGACAGGUCGUUUCCAAGAUGAUGAGCCAGAAAGGAUCAAGCCUGCCAAGAAAGUAUGGGAGAUUUUCAAUGUAGAUAUAGAUGGUUUAGACUUGGAAGAUUGGAGAACACCAAUCAUCCAUUUUUUGCAGGAGCCUAGUACUAACGUGGAUAAGAGAAUUCAGCUUUUGGCACCUCAUUAUAUUCUGAUUGAUGGAGAUCUCUACAAAAAAAAGUAA